AUGACUCCCCGCUUCUUGAUCCUCACAGUCGCACUCGCCUUCGUCUCCUCCGUCUACGCUCAAUGCGGCGCAGGCAACCCAGAUGCCCGGGUGACCGGCUCAGGCAACUCCUUCGUCGCUACCCGCGGGUCCAGCACAGUCUACUCCGGCUCUGACUACCGCGCAGCCAUCCAAGCCGCCAUCGACUCCAUCGGCUGGGGCCAGCGCGUCUCCGUCAUGGCUUCUGGCUCCAUCGGCGCCAGCACCAUCACCAUCCAGAGCGGCAAGAUUUUCGAAGGGUGCGGUACCAUCAACGUCGGGAACCGCGGUGGACGCGGUGCCAUCGAGGUCACGAAUGCCUCGGACGUGAAGAUCCCCUACCUCUCCAUGACCGGCAACCCCUACUUUGGCCUCCGCUUCUUCGGCACACGCAACUUGUCCCUUGGGCAGAUCACCAUGAACCUCAGCGGUGGUUUGGGUAUUAGGUUCGACCGCGACCAGGCUGCCAACUCGAAUGUGUCGAUGGACGUCAUCAACAUCACUGGCGCCGGCAGCCACGCCGUCGAGACGUGGAACAUCGACGGCCUCACCAUCAACCAGGUCAUCGCGCGCAACGUUGGGGAGUGCGGGUUGCUCCUGCAGAGGACGACCAAUGCGCGGGUUGGGCUCGUUGAUGGAACCAACGUCGCCACCGGUAACGGAUACGCCACCUUCCGUAUGGCGAACAACAACGGCCAGCUCCCCAACGGCAGCUACAACACCAACGUCUACGUCAACAGGGUCGUCUCGCGCGGUGGUGGACGCGGUAUCUUCUGCGUCUCGCAGUCCGGAGGUGCGACUAUCGAGAGCGUCGACCUCUCCAACAACGGAAACAACGCCAUCCUCUUGGAGAAUUGCUACAACGUUAGGAUUAACGGCGGAACGGUUAAUGGAGGAGGAGAGGUUCGCGUUGCUGCGCGCAGCGAGUUCCCUAACAACCGGGAUAUGUGGAUUACGCUGAGGGUGGAUAACACCUCUGUUCGCGAGCAGCCUUGCGGACAGAAUAUCAAUUGGAACUUGUCGGGGAAUGGACGCAGGCAGCUUUGCUAG